AUGUCCAUGACUAUUUGCUCAAAUACUCCUGGUGCAUACCCUGAAAUUGGAGCUUAUAAUGAGGUUGAUAAACAGUUGGAAUCAAGCGGAUUCUCCUCUGAUUCCUCUCUGAUAUUGAAUAAACCAGAAGUUCGUCAAUACUGGUCAUCCGUUUCAUCUCAUAUUUCACGCUCAGGUGAUGUGUUUACAAAUGAUAAAGAAAAAAUUUCAUCCUCUAUUGGUGAGGAUGCGAUGGAUAUCGACGCUUCGCCCUCAUUGAUUGAAAAAUAUAACUCUUUUCCCACAAGAAAGAUUCUUCCUGAGCAGGACGAGUUUGAGAACGACGUUGAGGACGAUGCUUCUUCCUCACUGAAGGAAAAAUCACAAGGUUCUUGUGAAAUUGAAAUUGCUUCUGAAAUUUCAUCCGAAAUUUUAAAUGGCACAUCGGCAGACGGUAAUUCCGAGUUUCACGACUUCGCUGAGCCCCCUCCCUCUCAGAAUGAAUCUGUCGCUCUGUCUUUUAGUCAAUCGAAUGAUUUGGACUUUUUGAAUAAUCCAAGCGGAUCAGGCUCUUCAAACGAUAUCAAUAGAAGUACAAGUUCCAUUUCACUUCCUAGACAUGUGUCACUAGAUUUUAACGUUUACAAUAGUCUUUGCCUCACAAAUGAGGUGACUGCAUCAGAAUCACAUAAUGUGGCCAAAUUUCACCUUGGCAAGAAAAACAAGAAGAGCUUGCUACCAAGAUGGAAAACCAUUGAAAUGUACGGGGAGGUAGUUAAGAAAACUCAAGACAUAUAUUCUAAUUUUCAGUAUGCACAAUACAUUUUAAGGGUAGGGUUGGAUACCGAAAAACUACACGAACUUGUUAAGGAACUGGAGGAUGAAAGCAAUAGCUUCUCUGUAGAUUCUUUAAAGGAAUAUUUAGUGAACGAUGCCAAAGUUAUUUUGAAGAAACUAAGUGCCGUUGGAUACCCUGAUGCACAGUACCUUCUAGGUGACGCCUACUCCUCUGGAGUUUUCGGUAAAAUAAAGAAUAGAAGAGCAUUUCUUUUAUUCUCCGCUGCAGCCAAAAGAAUGCACAUCGAAAGUGUUUACAGAACUGCCAUUUGCUAUGAGUGCGGCUUGGGUGUAACCAGAAAUGCACCGAAGGCGGUUAACUUUUUGACUUUUGCUGCAACUAAGAACCAUCCUGCAGCAAUGUACAAAUUAGGAGUAUAUUCGUAUCAUGGUUUGAUGGGUCUUCCAGAUGAUAUUCUAACCAAAAUGGAUGGUUAUAGAUGGUUGCGAAGGGCUACAUCUAUGGCUAGCAGCUUUGUUUGUGGUGCUCCUUUUGAAUUAGCCAAUAUUUAUAUGACGGGAUAUAAAGAUCUUAUCAUUUCGGAUCCAGAUUAUGCUAUGGCAUUGUAUGAGAAGGCGGCGGCUUUAGGGCAUACUGAAUCGGCAAGAAUACUAGAAGACGCUCGCAGAAGUGGAGGGUUUGUUUCGCGAGGACAUCCUCCUUCGGCACAGAAAUAUCAUAAAACCUCCCAUGAAGCUGUGGCAGCCAAAAAGUUGAUUUAA